AUGGGCUCGGCCAAAUUCGGCAUUUCCCUUGCUCUGAGCUUACUUUGUUCGACGCUCCCGCCAGUGAAGAGCGCGCCCGCCGAGUUGGCUCUCAGAGGCUCAGGCGACGCUCUUGUUCAACUGGGAGAAUUUGCUCGCGAUGAUUCCACCGUGUUCCCUCACUUCUUCCAGGUCAUUCGUGUGUUUCUGAAGUACUUGCCGCCACCAGAGAUGAUGGACAAGUUAUCUCCUAAAGACUUCUUCAAAUCAUUCAACAGACCCAGAUCUUACUUUCAUGCGCUUAAUGUUGCUCUUCAAUCGCCACAAGCUCUCGACCUUUCCAAACCAGCGGGACUAGUGAUCACUUGUCGCCAGAUAUAUCUUUGGGCUGUCAAAUUUUUCCAGCACUAUCUCAUCGACACCAAUACCCUCAUUUCUAUGUCGGUAGUGUCCUCAACUGCGGUUCGAAUCGUGGAGUUCCUCGGUACCCUAGCCACCGACCCUGAUUACAGUGCAAAGAUGCGAGAUACCAAAGGUUUCGGUUUUUCCAUGACCGUCUUGUGGAUAUACAGUAUUCGUGCGAAAUAUGGUCGGAUCGAGGAUAGUGUUAAGAUCAUCAUGAUGCACAUCCUACUGAAACGCACUCUCGAUGGCGAGGUUUCGAACGCUUUUAAUCAGGUUCAGAACGAGAUUUCAGACGCUUUUAAUUGGGUUCAGAACCCUAUUGUAGAACUCUGCCCUCGUAUUGUUGCCAGCAAGCGGGAGCCUGACGCGGACUACGACGGGGGCAUCAUGUUCCUAGUCCUCAGCACGGCAUAUUCUCGUCCGUUCACCCGAGCAUUCAUCUCAUGCCACUCUGUGUCGUGGAUCUGUCGACGCAUUGCGGGUAUCGCGGCCAAGAAAGAGGAAACGUGCUCUCCCGAUGAACUGGCCGUUUACUCCAGACUGCUUCAAUUCUCGUUAUUCUACUUGCAUGAAGCGUUUCGGGAGGGUUCUGACCAAAUAAUCGAAGGGCUGGACGCUGACGUGAUACCGGCACUCUUAAAGGCACUGUCAAAGGUGCGCGCCGAGGAUAAGAAGGCGAUUCUUGUUCCGUUGCUGAACUUGAUGACAUCGUACACACUCUGCCGCAACGUACUCGUAAAAAUGUGCAAGGUCUUAUAUACGGCCGAUUUCAAACCUGGCAUUUCUGAGGCAGGACCGAUUGGCGAUGCUUGGACCGUGCUAAAGGAGACUACGGAGACACGUUGUGGUAUACUCAAGGAUUAUAUCGCUUCCGGGCGUGAACUGACAAAGUGCUCGUACCCCGCUUGUCCACACCCGGAUAACGACCCCAAGCGGACGCUCAGACGUUGCCAAGGCUGCCGUUUCGAGUAUUAUUGCUCGAAAGAGUGUCAGAAACUACACUGGGGCGGUGGUCAUAACGAUCUUUGUCGAAGGACGCAACAUGAUCUUCGAGAUAUUCUCUCCAUGCCCAUGUCGAAGCGCGAACUCCAUUUCGCAUAUGCCAUUAUUGGAAAAGACAUCCAGGAUAACGCUCAACUUAUUCAAAAGCUGAAGUCGGAAAAGCGGAGUGGCAGGGGCGGUUUCGUUGUUUUGAUCACUGUCAUGGAUUACACACAAGUUCCAAUGAAGUUGUACGUCCUCACGGACAAAGAGUUCCAUACUACUGAAACCGUACCUGCUGAGAGGUGGAACACUUCUUUGGCGCUCGCGAAGGAAGCCAGAAAGGAUUUAGCCCCAUCGCCCGCAUUCAUCCCUUCGGAUUUAAAGAGAGCCAAUCAGAACUCUCACCCAACAUCCCCAAGCGAGCACUCUCUGGCAGAAUCGGCUCUAAACCCGACUCAACGAGUUCAGACGGUAUCCGAAUACACCAUUGCGCGCACGUCCGGCCACAUUGAAGAUGUGUCGAUAACAGCGGACCCUUCAGGUCCCCUUCGUUCUCGUUCCAUCAACAUCAAACGUCCAGCAGCUCUCGUCCUCAUUGACUCAUGGUAUACCGCUAAAUCCCUGCUUCUUGACCGUGCUCGGCACUCCGGAGUAUCAAAUACAGAUCCUCGACCAGUCUAG